GUCUUCGAGCUCUCUUCCCGAUAGUCUUCUCCCAUUUUGGGUACUAAUCAAACCCUAGAGAGCGAGAGAAGCCAUCAACCAUGGCGAUGAAGCAUCUCCUCACCUUAGCUCGUCGGUCGCAGAGACGUCUGUCUCUAAAUCAGUCCGUGAGAUCGUCCUCAUCGGCCUCGGCUAUCGCCUCCUCGUCUCCGUCGAUAUCCCCGGCGACUCCAUCUCCUCCGCCGCCGCAUGUGAUGCCCUACGACCGCGCGGCGGAGAUCGUGAAAUCAAAGAUCAAGAAGCUUGAGAAUCCGGAUCCGAGGUUCCUCAAAUACGCGUCUCCUCACCCGACACUGACCUCGCACAACCACAUACUGUCGGCUCCGGAGACUCGUGUCACGACCUUGCCCAAUGGUCUCCGGAUCGCUACCGAGUCAAAUCUUGCGGUGAAGACCGCCACCGUCGGGGUUUGGAUCGAUGCUGGAUCGCGGUUCGAGGCGGAUGAGACGAACGGUACGGCUCAUUUUCUAGAGCAUAUGAUAUUCAAGGGUACUGAGAGGCGCGGUGUGAAAGCUUUGGAAGAAGAGAUCGAGGAUAUCGGCGGGCAUCUGAACGCCUAUACAUCGAGGGAACAAACCACUUACUACGCUAAGGUAAUGGAUAAGGAUGUGAACCAGGCGCUGGAUGUGUUGGCGGAUAUAUUGCAGAACUCGAAGUUCGAUGAACAGAGGAUUAACCGAGAGCGGGACGUGAUCUUGAGGGAAAUGCAGGAGGUUGAGGGACAAACCGACGAAGUUGUUCUUGACCAUUUGCAUGCAACUGCUUUCCAAUACACACCGCUUGGAAGAACUAUUCUGGGACCUGCUCAGAAUGUCAAGUCAAUCACAAGAGAGGAUCUUCAGAACUACAUAAACACUCAUUACACAGCUCCCAGGAUGGUGAUUGCUGCUGCAGGAGCUGUCAAGCAUGAUGAAGUUGUUGAGCAAGUGAAGAAAUUAUUUACCAAGUUCUCAGCUGAUUCAAUAACUACUUCUCAGUUGGUUGCGAAGGAACCUGCAAACUUCACAGGUUCUGAGGUCCGAAUGAUUGAUGAUGACCUGCCCCUGGCUCAAUUUGCUGUUGCCUUUGAGGGAGCAUCUUGGACAGAUCCAGAUUCUGUCGCACUUAUGGUUAUGCAGACCAUGUUAGGUUCAUGGAAUAAAAGCGUUGGUGGGGGAAAACACAUGGGUUCUGAGCUAGCCCAAAGGGUUGCCAUCAAUGAAGUAGCGGAAAGCAUAAUGGCGUUCAACACCAACUACAAGGAUACUGGACUCUUUGGUGUUUAUGCUGUUGCCAAGCCCGACUGCUUGGAUGACUUAGCAUAUGCCAUUAUGUAUGAGGUGACCAAGUUAGCCUACCGUGUUUCUGAAGCUGAUGUGACUCGAGCACGUAAUCAGCUGAAAUCCUCCUUGUUGCUUCACCUGGACGGAACCAGCCCAGUUGCUGAAGAUAUUGGCCGUCAGCUGCUAACAUACGGACGGAGAAUCCCGACGCCGGAGCUGUUUGCGAGGAUAGAUGCAGUGGAUGCAAGCACUGUCAAACGUGUAGCCAACAGAUUUAUUUAUGAUAGGGACAUAGCGAUAUCGGGGAUAGGACCGAUACAGGGGUUGCCAGACUACAACUGGUUCAGGCGCAGAACCUACUGGAACCGCUACUAAGUUAUACAUCUCCGAAACAUUACCCCAUAAAAAGAACAACGGUCACAUAAGAAGGCAUUUUUUUAUCAGAGGGCAAAAAGCAGGUGAUGGAUGAUUCAUUAUUCUUGGCUUCUGUCUAUUUGGUUCCUUCCCCUUGUAUGGCCACUCACUGGUAAAAAAUAAGCCUCAUUUACUCUCUCUCUCUUUUUUUUUUUUUUUUGUUAAGCCCUCUUCCCUUCAGUGGGGGACUGCAAUAAACAAAGCUAGAGAGAGAGGGAUUCCUUUUUUUUUCUUCUUGUUUUGUACUUUUUGAAGAAGCUGAGAGAGUGC